AUGAACGAAGGCAAAGACGCUCGGAUCAUAAUCGCAGGCAAAAAAGACGUUGCAGUGCAUAACUACCCACUCGUUCGGAGACGCGUGACGCAGCAGACUGGGAAGGGGAAGAAACAUCGGAUUUACUCGCUUCAUGUCGUUGGGAAUGGGGAUGGACUUGUUGGGUAUGGAGAGGGUAAACAUGCAGAGGUUAGUGAAGCGAAUAAGAAGGCGUUUAUUGAAGCUGUUCGGAAUAUGGAUGCUGUGGAUCGGUUUGAACGCCGUACGAUUUGGACGGAUAUGUCGAUUAAGCUUGGUUCGACGAGGAUACUUAUGCGACCACGCCCCGUCGGGUUUGGCUUGCACUGCAACCCGAAUAUUCAUCAGGUGCUCAAGGCGGCGGGUAUUAAAGACGUUAGUGCGAAGGUCUGGGGAAGUAGAAAUCCGAUCCAAGUGGUUAAAGCGACGUGCAUGCUUAUACAGGCUGGAAAUGCACCGCUGUCGAUGGGUAAUGGUAUUGGAGGGAAGGGAAAGAGAUUGGAUGCAGGUGUUGGAAUGCGGAACAAGGAGUCGAUUGAGCGGGAUCAUGGCCGGAAACUUAUGGAUGGGCGAACAUGGUAG